AUGUUCCCCACCUCCUUCGUCUCUGCAGUCUUCAUCGCGCUCGCCGCCAUCACGAGUGUGCGUGCCGAGACGCACACAAUCUCGUUCGUCAACAACUGCGGCUUUGGAACCCCUACCCUCGUCAGCCAGAGCGGCGUGAUCCUAUCGACGGGCGCACCUUACACCGCCAACGGAGAGAUCGUGGGCGCUAUUGCCUACCUGCAGACCGGUGCUUGCGGUCUAAACGGUACUGUCUCACCGUGGAGACGACCUUGA